AGACACAGGUAAAGCAAAAGAAAGGAAUACUUGCAGAGCCAGCAGGGAGCUGGGCAGCUCCUUCACAGAAGCUGGGGACCCUCCACCUCUCUCCAGAUGGAAAUGACAUGACCUCACCAUAGCCUCCAGAACUGAGGUCCCAGGAUGACAGAACCCGAGACCCUGGCCCUGCUGGAAGUGAAGGGGCCUGAGGCCCCGGAGAAGAGCCCACCCCAGGCCUUGGUCCCCAAUGGCCAGCAGCCAGAAGGGGAGAGUGGGGUCAAAUCCCCCGGUGCUGAGUCCUCUAGAGUGGGGUCUUCAGCUGGGUCUCCCACAGCUGGAGAGGAGGCUGAGGAUGGUCUAGACAGCACAGUAAGUGAGGCUGCCACCUUGCCCUGGGGGGCUGGCCCCCAGCUCAGCACCCCAUUCCCGGACCCCCCUGGCUGGCGGGACAUUGAGCCUGAGCCCCUGCAGUCGGAGCCACUCAGUAAGCUAGAGGAGUUGCCUGAAGAUGACGCCAACCUGCUGCCUGAAAAGGCAGUCCGGGCCUUUGUGCCCAUCGACCUGCAAUGCAUUGAGCGGCGGCCUCAGGAGGACCUCGUGUGCUGUGAGGCAGGUGAGGGCGAGCGCCACCAGACCUUCUUGCCCAUCCGAACCGCCCACCCAGAGCCCUCUGAGUGCAAGUGGGCUGAGGCUGUGGUAAGGCCACCAGGCCACGCCUGUAGCAGCUGCAGGAGCUGUGGGGGUCAUGAGGGGUUGAGGGCCGUGGCCUCAGUGGGAGCCGCCCUCAUCCUCUUCCCCUGCCUGCUAUACGGAGCAUACACCUUCCUGCCCUUCGAUGCCCCCCGGCUGCCCACCAUGAGUUCCCGCCUCAUCUACACGCUGCGCUGCGGGGUCUUCGCCACCUUCCCCAUCGUGUUGGGGAUCCUGGUGUAUGGGCUGAGCCUGUUGUGUUUUUCUGCGCUGCGACCGUUUGGGGAGCCACGGCGGGAGGUGGAGAUCCACCGGCAGUAUGUGACCCAGUCAGUCCAGCUCUUCAUCCUCUACUUCUUCAACCUGGCUGUGCUUUCCACCUACCUGCCCCAAGAUACCCUCAAACUGCUCCCUCUGCUCACCGGCCUCUUUGCGGUCUCCCGGCUGAUAUACUGGCUGACCUUCGCCGUGGGCCGCUCCUUCCGAGGCUUUGGCUAUGGCCUGACGUUCCUGCCCCUGCUGUCCAUGCUAGUGUGGAACCUCUACUACAUGUUUGUGGUGGAGCCUGAGCGCAUGUUCACUGCCACCGAGAGCCGCCUGGACUACCCUGACUACGCCCGCUCGGACUACAGGCCCCGCCCCUGGGGCUGAGCAGCUAUCCCGUCCCCAGCCUGGGUACCUGCAUGGGAUGAACCCCGCUGACCUGACAGGGUCCCAUCCAAUCAGAGUUUGGACUGCCCCCACCUUUCUCCCUCGGUCAGGGCUGCCCUUCACCUUCUGGGCCCGGGGUGGUCAUGAGUGGGGGAGGUAGACUGACAUCGUCUCGCAGGGAAGGAGGUGGACAGCCAUGUUCCUUAAGGAUGCUGAAGGUGUGGGGCUAGGGCCAGGAGGAGAAGCAGGAGGAAGUUCCUUCCUGAGCAGCCUCCCACCAUAGCCACUAGGGCCCACCCCUGCUGGACUCGGCUUCACUCUCCAGCCUCCUAUGAGGCAGUGGGCAGAGCUGCAGCCAAAACUCUGACCGUUGCUGUGCCAGUUGUCUAAGCGGAGGGCCUCACAGAGACUGGAAAUAUUGCUCAUGCCUAAAGGUAAAGGCUGGACAUCAGGUCAAAUAGGACUCUUAUGUCCCAUAAAACCAUCCUGGGGGCCUGGGUUGAGGACCUUCCACGACUGGCCCUCACAGGUCCUUUAGCCUCAGCGAAGACUAUUACAACUGCCCCAGCCCAAAGCUGCUGCUUUCUCCCCUCCAGCCAACUAGGCCCCUGUAAAGUCCCACCUCCAAACUGCUCAGAAGAGAGGAGCAGACAGGAAAACCCAAGAGGAGUGUGUGUCCGUCUGUCUGCAUCCGUGUAUGUGGUGGCCGGAGAGGGGUUGGGAGGCACAUGGUUGGUGUUGGCUCCAUGUGAGGUGUGCGUGGGGGUGGGUGUAACAAUAAACGACUACCACAGUC